CGCCUAUAUCGCCAUCCAUCAAUCCGGUGCAACGCAACCACCACCAUGACUACGCCUACCCGCUGCCUCCCGGCGCUGGCCGCCGUUGCCGCUCUCCUCUUGCUCGCCGGCAGGUGGCAGGAAGCCGAGGCGGGGCCGGAGAACAACGACUGUGCCGUCGCUCAGACGGCGUUCAGCGACUGCAUCGCCUACGUCUCCGGCUUCGAGGACAAGUUCUCGCCCCGCUGCUGCAGGGGGCUGGCCGACAUCAAGGACCUGGCGCCCACGGCUGACCGGCGGCGUGCUCUGUGCGCGUGCAUCCACUCUGAGAUGGUCGCCGUUGGCAAGGUGAUCCCCGACCGCGCCAGCACCCUCCCCGCCAAGUGCGGCGUCCGUAUCACCUUCCUUCCGACCAGCUACUACUUCAAGUGCUCACAAUCCUCAGAAACCUGUGGAAUCGAAGCGGCCUCUUCGUCCCGCGAGUCUGCGAGCAGGCGAGACUCGCCCGUCGCCGCCUCCCUCCCGAUGCGUGCGAGCGACCGGAGCGGCGGAGCCCCGACGGCGGCGCGCAGGUUCGGUCCCCUCCUCUUCUCCCUUUCCUCGCUUUCCCCUCUUCUUCCCCUCUGCGCCGCCUCCCCUGGCUGCCCCUCUCCCGGCGCGGCCGCCGACGACACGGCCCCGCUCGCCGACCUCUCCCCGCGGGAGCUCUAG